AUGUUAUACAGAUUGUUUAGGAAUAAUUCAAAAUUUAAUAAUUAUUUUAAUUAUAAAAAUAUUAAAUAUUUUAGCGUUGCAAGAGAAAGUAUACCAUUAGAAAGAGUUGAUAAAGCAUAAGAAUUGGUUUAAAAAAUUAUAAGCAGUCAUGUUGCAUACAAGCAAUCAUUAAUAUAGCUUCUAGAAACUUAUCAUUAUUUUAAAAACAUUGAAUCAGAUUCAGAGCUUAGAAUUUUGAGAGACCUUCACAAUUAGCAUUUAGCUUAGUUAAAUGAACAGGUUGUUAUUCACAGAGUUCCUCCUCCUUUAAUUCCAUUUACUAGUGUUAGUUUUAUAAUUUUUGGAGGUAUAUCUUCUAUUUUAGAUUAGAAAAACUGUGAUUAACUUGCGGCAUAGCUCUGCAGGAUAGUAGAAAACCAUACUGAUUAUUGUUUAUUUUAGCUAAAUCAAUAAAAUUUAGAUUAAUAAGAUCUUCGUAAAAUGAUCAUUUAAAUGAGAGAUUCAUCAUAUGAUUUAUCAGAAAAAAUUCUCAGCUAAAUGACUGAAGGAAAUUCUUGUGUGUAAAACAUUUCUGAUUAUGUAUUUUAACCAAUACUAAGAUAACAUUUUGGAGGGGUAGAGUGA